CGAUUAUGCGUAUCAUAACGGGUCGUAAACUUAAAGUGAUUUGUGUACCGUAGUGAGUGGCGGAUACGGUGGUGGAACAAUAACAGGUUGUUUGUCGUUUAUAAUUAAUUGCCUGUUGAGCUCAGUAACUCGGUAAUCUCUUGCUGGUUUCCCUUGAAUGUGAAGCGUAGAUCUUGCCACUCUCCCGAAGUUAUCACAGAUAUUUUGAGCUAGAAUUCGCCUGCUGUAAACAUGUCAAAGCGUCCGUUGCCGUGGGAGUGGGUGGUCGUCACCUUCGCCGUGCUGGUUAGCGGGCUAGUGGCGCUCGUGUUAGCCGGGGGAGGAAUGAAGUUCGAGCCCGACCCAGAUGCCGAGGUGUAUGAUUCUGGUUUUGCCUCGUCUGGUAAGAUGUCCUUCACUACCCCUGAUCUCGAUGACGAAGAUCACCACUCACUACACAUGCCAGACCAACUGCUUUGUGAUGCUUGCCAAAUAGUAGCACACAUGCUUGAGACAAAGUUUGACAAGAUGAACGAGAAGAGGCCCUCCUUGAAGAAGAACUUAUAUGAAUCGGACAUCCUGGAUGCUGUUGACGAGGUCUGCAGUGACGAGUUCAGCUCAGUUGGAAUCAAAGAAAUCAAGGGAGUGAAGCGGUUAGCGGGACCAGGCCUGAGCACCAAAGACGUUCCUGGCAUCAUGCAAGGAGGUGGCAAAUGGCCCGGCAGAAUGAGGGAAGUGUGCACCCAGUACGCUGGAGACUUGGAGGAGGAAAACAUUUACAAUGCCUACAAGGAAAAGGAGCUGCAGAAAUUCUUGUGUUAUGAUGAAGGACGCCAUUGUGCGAAGGUUGCCAAAAACAAAGAUGGCAAGAAGACCAAGAAAGAAAGAAAAGUGGAAUUAUAAUUAAAAGAAAAAGGUGUUAAUAUUUUGUUGAGGGGAUUCCCUUUCUACAUGUACCAUCAUUCAUUGCUUAAUACUAAGGUAAAGAGUUUAGUUAUCUCGUUGGGUAACGAGCCUGCAGUGAAGGCCAUGAGUUUACAAUGAAGGCCUUUCCACACGAGAACAUCAAAUCCUAAUGCAAAUUCACCCUAGGUUAGCCUGGGAUAGCCCCCUUGACCAAUGUCUCUCAGUUGUUCAGCUUUUCAUUGUUCUGCACUUUUUCACACAAAAGCUACGUUAAUCUUGCCAAGGGGGUGAAUAUGUACUGGCACUCAGUGCAAAUACAUGUAUAUUGCGCUCACAGCUUUUAGCCCAGAGUGAAAGUCGACACGUGUCACUGCAAUGGAACCUGUGCUGCCAACUUCCGUUAAAUGUUUAAAACUUUUGUGACUAUUGAGGGUUAAGAACGAAAACUUGCUUUCUCAAAAUUUCAGAUUUCCAUUGUGACAUGCACUGAUUUCAAACACAAAAAACUAACACGUAUUCCUUCUUCUUGCGCACUUUGUUCUGUUGGAAACAUGUCUCAUAUCACACAACUUACUGUUUUCCUUUACAAGCUUAAGACCGUUCCAACAAGCUCCAAUUUUGGUGUAAUUUUUUUGUCGCUGCAACAUGUCAUUAACAGUUCUAUUUUUACUUUGUUUACAUUUUAAAAUUUGCUUCUCUUCGACCUGAACAUUUUUAGAGGAUAAUGUUUAAAUCAUUUUUGAGAGCAGAUUUCUCAGGCAUCCGACGAUUUUAACUCGUCAGCUGUAUGUGUACAGGGAAUGAUUAGUGCUAGGUUGUGCAUUGUGGAGCUUUUUUUCAAAUGCGGAUAAGUUUACCGUAUUGAGAACUUAGUGCCUAGAAAUUUUCAAUUUUGCAACGUAAAGGAAUGUGUAAGGCUCUCUCCAAAGAAUGUUGUCAUCUUGUUGCCUCACUGAAUAAUAUUUGGAGGUUUCAUACUGUGAAUUAAUUUCAUGGUUGUAGCUUGACAAAAACAACUUGCAAUUGAAAUCUACCUGAAUACCUUCUUUCAUUAGCACUGUAUAAUAUACCCUAUCAGUAAAUUUCAACUGUGCCAAGUGUUAGUGAUAGCAUAUCUCCAAGAGAUUCCUUUUGUAUUUACCAAGUCCAUCACUAUAAAUAGAAUUGUUUGGCAGUGCCUUGAUAGAGAUUUGUGAUUUUUCCUCGUAGUUACUGUUCAAUCUGACUAAAAGUAGAGUACUCAGAAAUAUGUUACAGCUUGUAAAUUUUUCACUUGAUUUUUCUAAGUAUGAGUCUGUGGAAACCAUCAAUAACAAAAGAUAAAGGAUGACAUUAUUUGCACAGAUUUAGAAAUUACCUUUGUAAGGAGACACUGUGUGAGACGUGGUUGUGAUCAAGUACUGUAUAUGUGGUGUUUUUCUUAUUUAUUAAUUAAAAAGAGAUACUUAUAUUGCAAAAGAAAUCUC